AUGAAAAUCCGAAGACACAUCAGCAAGACGCUCAAAGGAGCUCAAGAAGGCAAAAAAGGUUUCAGUGAGAACGUCGCAGGAGCGGCAGGAAGCCUUGGAAAGACUGUGGCUUCAACUGCUACAAAUGCUGCCAACACCGUCGCUCAAACCGCAGCAAAUGGUGUCAAUCUUGUAGGUGAUACUGCGCGAACAGGUGUCACUGCCGUUGGUACCACAGCUCUAUCAGGUGCUCAUCUGGCAGGAACAACUGUUCUAACUGGUGCAAAUUUAGUGGGAACCAAAGCGCUUACAGGAGCCACAACAGCAGUGACAGCUGCUGCCUUGGCUGCUACCACAGGUGUUGGCACUGUUGGUCAAGUUGGUCAGUUUGGAUUGCAUGGAGCAACAAACUUGGCACACACACUCAGUGGUGGCUCCCUUCAUGGAUCUUCACACCAUUCCUCCAGGCGAGGAUACAUUGAUGAUGUCACUGAAAUGGAUGUCUUCUGUUCAGAUCUCUAUUCGAAUGAGUUUGUGCUGGAAGAAAUCCAAAAGGCCAAGAAGGAUCCACUCAUCACAAAGCUCACCAUUGAAGAUUUGAUCAUGCGUGACAAUGACAAGCUCAUGAGAGCAGCAGUCAACCUGGUGUCCAAGACCACAUUGACCCCCAAAGAUGAUGAAUUUGAUGAGUUUGCAGAUGAUGAUGAGGAACACUUGCCCGCCGGCCCCUAUGAACGCAACUGGGAACGGCUAACCUUUUGCGAUUCCAUUAGCACAGCUGAAGACUACCAAUUCUACACUGAGCGCAAAAAGGAAUUUCAAGGUGAUAUCCGAAAGGUUCUGAAGAAGAAGGGAGUGGUCAAGGUUCCCAUCAAAUUCACUGCCAAGGUUGAAAUUGCAAUGUUGGAUAUGAAUGAGAUGAUUGAUCUACUGCAGGAGAUUGAGCAUGAUACAUCCAUUAUCAGUGUCAAGUUCCCAUAUGAGUGCAAAGACAUCAAGAAACUACCUACAAAGCUCAUCAACAAGUUUGAUUUAUUAACCCUCCGUUGGAAGGAGGAUGCAGACCCGGUAGAGAUCCAUAUCAAAUAUGGAACCAAAAAACCUACACAGGGAAAGAGGCCAACCCUUCUCGUCAAACAGUGCUCCAUCAGAUUGGAGCAUAUUGUCAUGAGCUCAAACAGAUCAAUGGACUUUGACGCAGAUGAAGAUAGCUCACAAGAGAUGCUCCCCUUCGGAAAGGAAAGGAAUUGUCACGGUCGAAGCAGCCGAGCUGCAUGA